AAAAAAAAAAAACACAAGUUUCCAUCUGUCAUUUCUCACCCACAACUUGUUCUCUCAAAACAAAAAAAAAGUUCAAAAAAAAAUAUAGUAGAAAAUCACAAAACGACAGUUUUAGCUAUAAAACGGAAAGAGGAAAAUUGUCAAUCACUUUAAACAUCAACCAAAACACUUUUCCCGUGUGUCCAAAAAAUUUCCCAACAUUCUACCCAUCACAUUUUGAUUUUUGGAACAAAAGUGAUUUCAUUUUUUGAUUAGUAAAAAAUGUCCUCAGAAGCGCCAAACUGGCGCCAAUCUAUAAUAACACGGAUAAUUGAUCGCAAUAAACGCGAAUCCUCUUACCACAGAGAAUUAAUUCAACAAAACAAUCGUUUCUAUGACACCGUUGUCCAAUUGGAAGCAGAAAAUCUGCGAAUCCAAGUGGAAAAUGAAAAACUUCGAACUGCUGUGGCAACAGGUGGCAAAGAUUCGGGUGGUUCUUUUGCUGUUCUUGAGCGUCUUCUCGCUGAACAGAAACACUUAACCGAAUUGCACAAACGUAAAGGUGACAAUUCUCAAAUGAUUGUUGAUUUGAGUAUGAAAGUUGAGGAACAGCGCAAAAUUAUUGCCGAAAAAGAAUUAAAUUGCGCGGAACACAUGAAGAUGAAUCAAAUAUUGAGAGCGGAGUCGGCAAUGUUGAAAUCAAGUCUUGAAGAGCUGAAGAAGUUGGAUACAACUUUGCGGGAUGAACAUACUGCACUUCAGUUGGCAUUUAGUGCAUUGGAGGAGAAAAUGAGGGGUAUCCAGGAUGAAAAUCGAAGCCUAUUGGAGCGUUUGAUGAAAUACAAAUCCAAGGACGCGGAUAAACUAAACGAAGAGAACGAAAGCUUCCUAAAAAAAAGACUGCCGUCAAUUUUCAGAAAACGGUCCGACAAACUACGCCGCGAUUUGGAAGACGCCGUCCGUGAGACUCGCAAUUCAAACAGUCCAAACGAUUUGCCACCGGAAAGUGCCAGCAUUGGUGGUGGCGAUUUGGGCGGCGGCGGUGAUUUUUUGUAUGAUGAGAUGUUGAUGUUGGCCGAUGAGGUUAAUCUAUCACCUGGUACUGGUCCUGAGCGCUUCCAUUCAUCAGAACCCGAGCUAAUAAUGAAGUUCGAAGCUCAUGAGACCGAAGCCAGUGCAGUUCGUUGGAAUCCGGUUGAGAAAAUGGUUGCCACUGGUGGUGCCGAUCGCCGGGUUAAACUUUGGGAUGUUAAUAAGCACAUAACAGGAACAACAACAGAAGCCAGAGCCGUUUUAGGUGGUAGCAGUGCUGGUAUCAAUUCUGUGGAAUUCGACUCGACGGGUUCAUACAUUCUUGGUACAUCAAAUGAUUUUGGAGCAAGACUGUGGACAGUUGCGGACCAUCGUUUAAGGGUUAAAUGGACUAAAACUAAAAAGAAAGUAUUCAAAAUAUUUGGUGGAACUGUAAAUAAUUAUGAUCCUGCGAAAGCUAAGAAAAAAACACGUUGGGCCACGCAUACUCUAACUGGACACAGUGGCAAAGUGAUGGCAGCCAAAUAUGUACAAGAACCCCACAAAGUGGUCACCGGAAGUCAUGAUAGAACUUUAAAGAUAUGGGAUCUGCGGAGUAUAGCCUGCAUUGAGACAAAAUUCGCUGGCUCUUCCUGCAAUGAUCUAGUGACCAGCGACAGUCUGGGAUCGACCAUUAUAAGUGGUCAUUGGGACAAGAAAAUUCGUUUCUGGGACAUUAGAACGGAGAAACAAUGUGUAGAUUUAGCUAUGCCAGCUAAAAUAACAUCUUUAGACUUGUCAAAGGACUGCCUUUACCUCAUUUGCUCUGUUCGUGAUGACACAAUUAAACUGAUAGAUCUACGUAAGAAUCAAGUAAUUGGAUGCUUUUCCAACGAGUCAUUUAAGCUCAGCUGUGAUUGGUCGAGGGCGGCUUUUAAUUAUAAUGCAACAAAAGUUGCAUGUGGCUCGUCCGAUGGGACAAUAUUUGUAUGGAAUGUUGCUUCAAAGGAAUCAUAUACACUCAAGGGACAUAAUUCAGGUCUGGCUUAUUCUUUAAUUCACAGCUGUGCCGUAAUUGCAGUUGCAUGGUCACCAACUGGUUCCGAAUUAGCUUCAGUUGGAAAAAGUCGACGUUGCAUAAUAUGGAACGACGCGUAGCCAAAAUUACAAUUAUUUCACAUCACAAUCAAAAAACUACUACUACUACUACUACGCAUUCACAUUAUAUAAACCGUUUAGAUUCUCAUCAAAUGCAAAUUACAAAACGGAAUCGGGAGGUAAAAUUUGGUUAAAUCUUUUUUUUUUUAAUGUCAUUUAAUACAUAAUGAUGAUAUUUUAGGUUUUUUAUUUAUCAAAAAAAAAUCUGAACUAGUGAUAAUUUUCUUCUCCGUCAUAUUUUUUUAUAUUCUAUAAUCAUAAAUGAAAAUUAAAAAACAAAAAAAAAGAAAUUAAUUAUUGAUAAAUUUAAAGACUUUCUCUUAUCCUAUAUAAAAAAAUAUGUAAGAAUUAAAAUUAAAAAAAAAAAAAAAAAAAACAGAAAAACAGAAAGAAAAUAUAAUU